AUGAUAGAGAAAGUGGAGAUGAUGGGGACGACGACAGAGAGGCUAAGAAAGAGGAGUAGAAACGAAUCUCCAGCAAAAUAUGAUGGAAAAGAUGAUCAAGAGGAUGCUAGAGAUGUUGAGAAUAAGAAGAAAAGAAAGAGAUCCAAACAAGAAGGUGAAGAUGACGUGAUGGAAAGGUUUGAGUAUGAGGUAGAGGAAGCUGUAGCGGACUGGUUCGAUGAGUUUCAGAUUCGUCGUAAUACCAUUCCUGAUAGCUCGGAUGAAGAUGAAGAUCCGGUAAUUACUAGAGAUAGGAAAAUUAGGUUAGGAACAAAUGAUAAAUUGGCUAUUGGUAGAACUUUCUUCACUGGUUUUGAGUUCAAAGAGACUGUUUUGCAUUAUGCAUUGAAGAAUAGAGAAAAUCUAAGACAAGAUAGGUGGGAGAAGGAUAAAAUCAGUUUUAGGUGCGCUAUUAAGAAGGGUUGUGGUUGGUAUGUGUACUGUGCAUACGAAGAGUUGAAGCAAAUGUGGGUUUUGAAGACUAUAUGCACCGAUCACAGUUGUACUUCUAAUGGGAAAUGCAAGUUGCUUAAGAGUCCAGUUAUUGGAAGGUUAUUCAUGGACAAGCUGAGAUUGAAGCCUAAUUUUAUGCCUCUUAAAAUUCAACGGCAUAUUAAGGAGCAAUGGAAAAUAUGCAGCACUAUUGGACAAGUGCAAAGAGGAAGACUUCUAGCAUUGAAGUGGCUAAAAGAAGAAUAUGACAAGCAAUUUUCUCACAUCCGUGGUUAUGUUGCUGAAAUUAUAGACUCAAACAAGGGAUCAACUGCAUUUGUUGACACCAUUUCUAAUGCAGCUGGAGAAGAUGUGUUCAACCGAAUCUAUGUAUGUCUUGGAGCAAUGAAGAAUGCAUUUUACUAUUGUAGGCCAAUCAUUGGGAUUGAUGGAACCUUCUUGAAGCAUGCUGUUAAAGGUUGUCUAUUGACUGCUAUAGGUCAUGAUGCUAAUAAUCAGAUUUAUCCAGUUGCUUGGGCUUGUGUUCAAGCUGAAACUGCAGACAACUGGCUUUGGUUUCUGAAUCAGCUUAGUGUUGACUUGAAUCUAAAAGAUGGCAGUGAUUAUGUUGUCUUAUCAGACCGUUGCAAGGGAAUCAUAAGUGCAGUAAAAAGUGCAUUACUAAAAGCUGAGCAUAACCCUUGGAGCUACAACCAUUUUGCCUAUGAAGUUACUUUGGAUGAGUUGAGAGCAUAUAGCAUGUCGUUGUAUGAAGAUGUGAUGAAAGAGGAACCAAACACUUGGUGUAGACCUUUUUUCAAGAUCGACAGUUGUUGUGAGGAUGUAGACAACAAUGCAACUGAGUCCUUUAAUGCCACAAUCGUCAAAGCAAGGGCAAAAGCAUUGGUUCCAAUGAUGGAAAUAAUAAGAAGGCAAGCGAUGGCACGUAUAACUAAGAGAAAAAAGAAAAUACUAAAAUGGAAGAAGAAGAUAUCUGAGUAUGUAUUAGAUAUAUUGGAAAAAGAGGAGGAAGAAGCUAUGAAAUGUGAAGUCACAAAAGGAACACAUCAGAAGUUUGAAGUUUGGAUAGAUGGGAAUUCACAAGGUGUGUGUUUGAGUACUUGGAAAUGGGAAUGUUCAUGCUGCAAUUGGCAAGUCACAGGGAUUCCAUGUGAACAUGCCUAUGCAGAAAUCAUAGUUGUUGGUAAGAAUGUUGAAGAUUUUGUUUCUCCUUGCUUUAGCUCUCUGGUAUGGUUGGAACAAUAUGAUACAGGUCCUAAUCCUGUGAGAGGUCAACGAUUUUGGAUGACAAACAAGUAUGUCUUAGUGAAAGCACCUCCAGAACCAAUUCCACCUGGUAGAAAUAAAGGACAAAAUAAGAAGUAUGAUCGGAUCAAGGGUAAGCUUGAGUCUCCAAAGAAGAAGAAGAAAAAAGGGGAACCAGAGAUACUCAAACUAGGUAGGAAAGAAAGAAUAAUGCACUGUAAGUCAUGUGGUGAAGCAGGACACAAUGCAGCUGGAUGUGUGAAAUUUCCUAAGGAGAAGAAUAGUAAGAAGAGUAAGAAGCAUGACACAAUUCAACCGGCUGAGGCAUGUUUCUAA